AUGACGGAAAUCCGACCUUCCUCGCAAUUCAAGAAUGAACAUCAACCCACCAAAACCAAGCAUCUCAUCAAUCUCCUCCGCGGCUGGCCCGCCCCCUCUCUCCUACCCACACACCUCAUUCAAGCCAAAGCAAAUGAAGUCCUCUCCGACCCUGCAAUCGCCAUCUCUGCUUUACAAUACGCCCCAGACCCAGGAUACCAACCCCUCCGUGAGGCAUUGGCAGAGUAUCUUUGCAAGGUUUACCCCUCACUUGAUGAAUUCGAGUCGGCAGGGCAACCACGAACUUUUUCCUCCUCCGAAGAGGAAUGCUCCGCGAGUAUCAAGGACGUCUGGGAAGCAGAGAACUUCGCAAUUACCGGCGGCGCGAGCCAGAGUAUUGCGUGCGUUUUACAGUCGUUCACCGAUCCGGGGUAUACAAGGGGGAUCAUCAUUUCUGCGCCGUGCUAUUUCCUGGGGUGCCCCAUCUUUGAGGAUGCGGGUUUCGUGGGGAGGUUGUAUGCGGUGAGGGAGGACAAGGAGGAUGGGAUGGAUUUGGAGAGGUUGAGAUGGUUGUUGGAGGGGGAGGAUGGGAGGGGGUCAGGGGAUUUUGUGGGUGAGGUGAGGUAUAAGAAUCCUGGGAAGGAUAGGAAGAUUUAUCGAUAUGUGAUUUAUUUGGUGGCUACUUCGGCGAAUCCAUCGGGGAAGACGAUGUCGGUGGAGAAGAGGAGGAGGAUGGUUGAGCUGGCGAGGAAGCAUGACGCGUUGAUCAUAUCGGAUGAUGUGUAUGACUUUUUGCAGUGGACUACCGCCGACAAAAUUUCCGCCACAAACAUGAAGCAGCGCAAUAUAAGGCCGCUGCCGACAUUAUCCCAGAUCGACAUCGCCCUUGGCCGGUCACCACACGACCCCCCUGGUAAACACUUCGGCCAUGCCAUCUCCAACGCCUCGUUUAGCAAGCUGGCUGGGCCGGGGAUGCGCACGGGCUGGAUCCAUGGGACGAAGGACUUCGUUCACGGGUUCUCCGUGACAGGGACGAAUCGCAGCGGGGGAGCAGCAAGCCAGUUUGCAGCCGCGAUCCUCGCCAAGAUGCUUCAGAGCGGGGAAUUGCCUGCCUGGAUCGACGGUGUGGUCAAGCCGGCGCUGCAAGAGCGGUAUCAGUUGAUCAUGAAGGCUAUCAAAGAAGAGCUGCCAGAUAUAGUUGAAGUGUGGAACGGGAAUGGGCCGAACGGGGUGUCAGGCGACGUAUCGGUGUUUGGAGGAUACUUUGUGUGGCUUACGUUCCCGGAGACCAUAGACACGGAGAGAUUGGCCCAGAGGGCAAGGGAGGAAGAGAACUUGAUCAUUGCGCCGGGGACAUUGUUUGAGGUGAAAGGGGAUGAGAAGAAUGGGGGGUUUCGGAAUAAUGUGAGGCUAUGUUUUUCGUGGGAGGAUAAGAAGAACAUUGUGGAGGGUAUCAAGAGGUUAGCACGGGUGUUGGGUAGGAUAUUGAAGGAUGAUGAUGAUCUGAUUCAUUCGGAUACGGCGAAGAUCGGGAUGGCAAGGGAAUACAAGCAGCUUCAAGAGCAGGAGUUGAGGGAUUCGUGCUAA